AUGUCUCAUGCUGGUGAAGAAAUAGCAAACAGUGUAAAUAGAACAGCUGUUUGUAAAUACUGUGUUGAUUAUUAUGGAUAUUUACAAGCACUUUUAACUAGCAAGGUUACAAAUGUUGUAAAUUCUUGUUUAGCUCAUCUUUACAAAUGCUCAUAUUUUGCUAAUAAGUUUUCAGAUGAAGAGAUUACAUUAUCAAACAAAAUUUUAGAAGAGGUUACAAAAAAAAUAAUACAAGCUCAAAUUACAAUAGCACAACAAGAUUUACAAGGAAUAAUUAUAGCCUUUGAUAGAUGGAAAAACAUUGUUAAACAAAAAUUAAUAG